ACCUUCUGUGAGUGGUGGACCAGGGCUGUUGAACUGCCUGCCAUCUCAAACCCAGCUGUGAGCCAGCGUGGCGGGGGCUGUGCCUCCGACGCCUGCAUGGAAGCCAGGAGCUGGGCUCCCAGAAGGCAACUGUGCCCGCAGGGGAGCAUGUUGCUGGCUUUUGCCUCUCUGCUUGGCUGCCUGCUCACCUCCAGCCAGGCCAAGGUCUACAGUCGCUGUGAGCUGGCCCGAGUGCUCCAGGAUUUCGGCAUGGAGGGAUACCGGGGAUCCACCCUGGCUGACUGGGUCUGUCUUGCUUACUUCACAAGUGGCUUCAACACAGCCGCUGUGGACCAUGAAGCCGACGGGAGCACCAACAACGGCAUCUUCCAGAUCAACAGCCGGAAGUGGUGCAAAAACCUCAACCUAGAGGUCCCCAACCUGUGCCAGGAGUAUUGCUCCGACUUGUUGAAUCCUAACCUUAAGGAUACUGUUAUCUGUGCCAUGAAGAUCGUGCAACAGCCCCAGGGUCUGGCCAGCUGGGAGGCCUGGAGGCGUCACUGCCAGGGCAAGGACCUCAGCGACUGGGUGGAUGGCUGUGACUUGUAGGAUCCUCUGUGGAUGGACCAGGUCACGCACAGCAGGCUGGGAGAUGUGGUUUGGUUUCUGAUCCAGGCUUGGGAAGACAAGCCAACCAAUAAAGUAUAGUCUAACGUAAGU